GAGUCUUACCUUUUCGCUUGGAGAAAUUUCAACCUCAAAUAUUUGUCUGGUUAAGAGACGUCUUACCAUAAAAAACCCUUUUGCCUUCUUUGCUCUAAAGCGCCUCCAUCACUUAAGCUCUCUGUUCAUGUGCAGCAGCACAACUUCCAUUUUCUUGGAUACCCGUUUUUUCUUUUUCGAUAUUUUUUCUUGGGUAUAUAUCACUUUCUUGAAUUGCACCCUCAGGCGCCACAUAUAGCUGCAAUCGUGAUCUGGGUAUAGGUUAUUUUGAGGGACUCCCUUAAGCUUGGAAAGAAAAUGGUGGGAGCUUUAUCCGUAGUAGGCUCACCUGUGGUGGACUCGCACACUAGUCCAUGUUUAUGUUUGGAUGCACUGCCUACGAGUAAUAUGAAUCUCAAAAAUAGUGGAGAGUUGGUUUUGCAAAGGAAUUCAAUGAAGAGAAGGCAACUGAAUAGGCCUGGGGCAUUGGAGUUGGGGAGUUCGUUUGUUGGUUCUUGGCAUGAUUGGAGGCUCUCAUCGAAAGCGAUUUCAGGUAUUGUUAGUAAUAAGAGUUCAAGGAAGCUGAGAAAGGAUCGGAGAUUUGUAGUUGUCUACGAAUUGGGAGGGCAAUACGAAGAUACUUUUGAGGAUGUUAAAACGCAAAUACUCAACUAUUUCACAUACAAGGCAGUAAGAACUGUUCUUACCCAGCUUUAUGAGAUGAAUCCAACGCAGUAUAGAUGGUUUUAUGAUUUUGUUGCAUCAAAUAAGCCCGGAGAAGGCAAGCGUUUCAUCCGCACCCUUGUGAAGGAGAAGCAGGAUCUUGCUGAAAGAGUGAUGAUAACGAGGCUCCACUUGUAUGGCAAAUGGGUUAAGAUUCAGAAAUGUAAUCAUGCUGAAAUAUACCAAGAAAUCUCUGAUGAGAACUUGGAGUUGAUGCGCGAAAGGCUCAAAGAGACUGUGAUAUGGCCAUCAGAAUCAGAUGACUCAAACACGGAGAAGAUUGGUUGAAAGGACCUUUCAUUUUCUUUCUACUGUUGAUUUUUAGUGUAGAUAUAUAUAUAUUACACAUUAUAUCUUCGGUUUAAUGCAAACCAGUUUGCUUCCA